AUGUUGCGACCGGCAACGCCUCUCUCAAUCAUCUUCCUGAUUGCAUUUGUUCUGGCCUUGUUGACUACACUUUCAACGCCGAUCAUCAAGCAGAUACCGCUGGGCAGCUAUGAAGGCUACAAUUUUGGAGUCUUUGGUUGGUGCAACCAAACUACCUGUUCAAAGUUCGGGAUUGGCUACCACACGGAUAUCUUGUUCCAGCAAAAUGGCGAACAAGACCCUUUCACAUUGCCAGAAACAACACGAUAUGGGAUAUCUGGCAUUCUAAUCGUCCACCCGAUUGCUGCACUUCUGAUCCUCAUCUGCUUCGGCUUGGCUGUGGCCGCCCAUUUCCAUGGCCCUUCGCAUUCUCCACGUUAUCUAUUGGGACUCUUAAUCCUGACUAUUCCUACACUAAUCGUGACUCUGCUAGCUUUCUUGGUGGACAUCUUACUGUUCGUCCCUCAUUUAAACUGGGGAGGCUGGAUUGAGCUGGCGGCAACUAUUCUGAUCAUCGGCUCGACCAUCGUAACUUGCGCCAUGCGACGCACAGUCGUCAGCAGGAAAGCGCGGAAAAAGCGAAUCGAAGAAAAUGCAGACAUGAACGGAUCGGCCUACUAUGAAAGCCUUGCUGCCGAUCAGCGCUCGCGUGUGGCCACUGCACCGUCGGUUGCG